UGUAUUACAGAUAUUCAAGAAUGACUGCUGAACUGUUGCCAACAGUUAUAACAUCCAUACAAAAAAGGAUUGAAGUCGGUUUCCCUUUCAGAAAUGACCAGACAGGUCUACUGACUGCUUCUUUUAGUUGUUUGACAGCAGCUUUCACUAUCUCACCAUCCUCAACGCAAGUUAAAGAAGUGCUUCUUAAAGAGAUGAAUGAAGGUUUUAUUGAGGCUGAAAAGAAGCCAGGUGUUCUUCUUACUUUGUUUCAUUACUUGGAAAAAGUAAACAAUCACACAGUAUGCUUAGAGGCUCUCCAGGUGAGAGCUGCAUCAGUAACAUGUUUUGCAGGCAUAACUUCCUCUAUAUUCUUCUCUCUUGCGAAGGAGAAACAUGAUUUCAUUCUUUCUGCUGCGAUUAAUGCAGCCAAACAAGACGAGGUGCCUUCAGUUAGAUCAGCUUCUUGUCGAGCCAUUGGUGUCAUUUCAUGUUUUCCUGAAGUUUUCCAGAGGUGCGAAUAACUGCUUCUUGGGCUUUGGCAAACAUAUGUGAUUCUAUCCGGCACUGUAUUGAUACUCUUGCUUUGGAAGGCUCCACAUGAGCCAGAGUCCUUGGGAUGCUUGUUAGAGUUGUCAUGGAAUGGACAGAAGUCACUGUCAUUGAAAGGGGCAACCCGUAAAUUCCUAGAAGAUGGUGAUAAAGUUAUCAUCACUAGUUUUUGCAAGGUUCUUUGAUUCACUAAGACCUCUCUUUUAUUUUUCUAUUUAAUGUGAUAAACACUCUCUAUUAGUACCAAGGCACCCAAAGUACUAAGUCAUUUGCUCUAGAAUGUUUAAUUGCUCUAUACUCAUUUUGAAAAGAUACAUAAUCUACCAGGGAAAAGUAUAAGAUAUAGAAACAGGGGACGAUUUU